CUCAACGAGGCCUAACCACAACUAGGUAACUUACCGACGGAUAAACACACCGGAAGUAAAGUCGCCGAGGACAGAUUUAAGAGAGGGACAAUCAGAAAUCGUCCGUAUCUUUGUGCGCAUGCGUGGUAAACUGUCCCGGAAGCAGCCGUCCACGCUGAAUGAGAACGCGCUGAUUUGGCCCUAAAAUGAUGAAGUUCCUCCCUAAACUGCUGCUGCUCGCGCUGCUCGCCUUCCCGGCCACCAUCCUCAUGAAAGGGCCGAUGGCGAGCGCCCAGGACCUGACUGAGGACGAGGAGGCCGAGGCCGCGGACGAAGACGCCGCGGACGAAGACGCCGCGGACGAAGACGCCGUGGACGACGCGGCGGCCGAGGACGACGAGGCUGAGGUGGAGGACGACGAGAACGUGGAGCUGACGGAAGAAAAAGAAGACGAGGAGGAGGAAGCACUGGUGGGAGAGGUGAAGGCUUCCCCCAACGCCGACACCACCAUCCUCUUCGUCAAAGGAGACGACUUCCCCGCCAACAACAUCGUGAAGUUCCUGCUCGGCUUCAGCAACAAGGGCCCCGAGAACUUCGUGGUGGAGUCUCUGGACGCGUCGUUCCGUUACCCGCAGGACUACCAGUUCUACAUCCAGAACUUCACGGCGCUGCAGCUCGGCACCGAGGUCCCGGCCAGCCGGCAGGCCACCUUCGAGUACUCCUUCAUCCCCGCGGAGCCCAUGGGGGGGCGGCCCUUCGGCCUCGUCAUCAACCUCAACUACAAGGACGCCAAUGGAAACGUUUUCCAGGACGCCGUCUUCAACCAGACGGUCACGGUGACGGAGCGCGAGGACGGGCUGGACGGAGAGACGAUCUUCCUCUACGUCUUCCUCUCCGGUCUCAGUCUGCUGGUCGUCGUUGGCCUCCACCAGCUGAUGGAGUCCAGAAAGAGGAGACGUCCGGCCCAGAAGGUGGAGAUGGGAACGUCGAGCCACAACGACGUCGACCUGAGCUGGAUCCCUCAGGAGACCCUCAACCAGAUCAUGCAGAGUCGCAGAGACAAAGCGUCUCCCAAGAGAUCUCCUCGCAAGAGGAGUCAGAAGCGCUCGGUCGGCUCGGACGAGUGACGGGCGCCAUGACGCCUCGACGGCGAGUCUUCAUCACACCAGGAGGAGGAGGAGGAGUUAAAGGAGGAGGAGUUAGAAGAGGAGGAGUUGGAGGAUGAGGAGGAGUUGGAAGAUACUGAGAAACUUUAACCAGUGCCAAGGAGCAACGGCUGGCUCUACUUAAAGCUAAAGAACUGUUGAACACACACACAUCCACAUACACACACACAUUUACACACUCACAUACACACACGUUUGUCACACACACAUUUGUCACACACGUUUCUUUCACACAUUUCUUACACACACACACACACAUUUCUCUCACACACGCGUGCGGUGGUUCCUCGGGGAACCUGCUGGUCCUGAGGACGCAGCGUUGGGUUCAAGGUCGUGGCUCUUCUCUGAAGGUCGUGGCUCUUCUCUGAAGGUCGUGGUUCUUCUCUGAAGGUCGUGUCUCUUCUCUGAAGGCCGUGUCUCUUCUCUGAAGGUUGUGGCUCUUCUCUGAAGGUCGUGUCUCUUCUCUGAAGGCCGUGUCUCUUCUCUGAAGGUUGUGGCUCUUCUCUGAAGGUCGUGUCUCUUCUCUGAAGGUCGUGGUUCUUCUCUGAAGGUCGUGGCUCUUCUCUGAAGGUCGUGGUUCUUCUCUGAAGGUCGUGUCUCUUCUCUGAAGGUCGUGGUUCUUCUCUGAAGGCCGUGUCUCUUCUCUGAAGGUCGUGGUUCUUCUCUGAAGGUCGUGGUUCUUCUCUGAAGGUCGUGUCUCUUCUCUGAAGGUUGUGGUUCUUCUCUGAAGGCCGUGUCUCUUCUCUGAAGGUUGUGUCUCUUCUCUGAAGGUCGUGGUUCUGUUUGAAGUUGUUUUUAUUUGUCUGAUCAUGUGAUUGUUUUGUUUACUACAUUUACAUCUGGUUCCAGCCUCAUGUCCCGUUUCCUGUUCCUAUUGAUCAGAAACUGAACGUCUUCGUCUUUCACAACAACAACAACAACAAUGAAAUCGUCUACGUUUUGGACAAAACAAAUGUUUAGCUCCUCGUGGCCGAGGAUUGUGAUCGUUGUUUCUGGAGGACUUCUCCUUCUUCUUCUUUUCCUCCUUCUCCUCCUGUUUUUACUGCAUAGUGAUCGUAGCUUGAGGCUCAACCUGAGGUCCGUGGACAGGACGUGGGCAGAUGAGACUCUUUGACCCCGACGCCCCUGAACUCGGCCCUCGGGGUCAAAGGUCAGCUGACCGCGUGUCUGUUUCUCGAGCGGCGUGUCAAGAUCAGAACGCCGAUCGUUCUAGAGUCUUUUAUUGUAUUUUAUUUUAUUGUGAAUAAAGUUCAGCGUUGACUGACGGUGUAAAUACUGAGCGACGGGACCCAGCUAAUUUAUUUGAGUGACAGGUCGGGUGACGGAGGGAGGGGGCGGGGCUUUGUGCCUGUUUGUGUUUCGGUUCACCACUAGGGGGCGACGUGUGUUCUGGGGUUUCGUCCCGGUGCCGCGGCUCUUAAAGCCGCAGGAGGCCCCCGGUGCAUAGAAACGAGCUUCUACUUUUUAUUUGCUUUUAAAUGUGCAGGAAAUAAACUUUGAUGAUUUAC